AUGAAGUUCAAGCAUCGAGUGACUGAAGCCACAUUCGACGAGAGCAAAGGCCUAUGGAAUCUACUAAUCGAACAUGAAAAUCACGUAUUCACUGAGCAGUGCAACAUUCUGAUAUCCGCAACUGGCUUCCUCAGUCGCUGGACGUGGCCACAAAUCGACGGAUUGCACUCCUUUCAAAAAGGUCCCGUUAUGCACUCCGCGUCCUGGGAUGAGGCGUAUGAUUUCGUGGGGAAACGCAUUGCUGUCAUUGGGAAUGGUAGUUCUGGUAUACAGAUUGUUCCUGAAAUGGCCAGCGUUGGCUCGGAGGUGGUCAACUUUGCGCGAUCUGGGACUUGGAUCCUUGCGGGGCUGGGAAAUAGAAUGAUUGAUGGAAACGCUACUUAUAUCUACUCUGAAGAAGAGAAAACCCGGUUUAGAAAUGAUAUAGAUGCAUUGAGAGCGUAUCGCAAAGAGAUACAGCAAGGAAUCUUUUCCUCGUUCUCAAUUUUUGUUAAAGAAUCUGAAAUGCAAACCCAAGCUGUUGUAGCUACGAGACAGCUCAUGUUAACCAAACUAAACGGCUACGACGAUCUUGCAGCAAAACUCAUCCCAAACUGGCCCAUCGGAUGCCGGCGUGCAACGCCUGGCCUAAAUUAUCUCGAGGCACUCACACAACCGCAUGUCUCCUUGGUCCAAGAGCCAAUUCAACGCGUCACCGAACAUGGAAUCACGACGACAGACGGCUGUUCGAGGGACUUUGAUGUCAUCGUCUGUGCAACCGGGUUUGACGUGUCCUAUCGUCCAAAUUUCCCCUUGCGUGGACGCGACGGGAUCGAUUUGGUCGAGAAAUGGAAGAAAACAGCAACAACGGGGCCACUGGCGUAUCUCAGUAUCUGUGUUCCGGGAUUCCCAAAUUAUUUCAUGUUCAGCGGCCCCAAUGCUCCUGUCGGCCACGGUUCUCUGAUGGCUGGCUUGGGAUGGACGGCUGAUUACAUCGCCAAAUGGAUCGUAAAAAUAGCCGAAGAAGAUAUCAAAUGGGUCGACGUCAAAGAAGACGUAACUCAAGAAUUCAAUGCCUAUGGAGACCAAAUUAUGCAGACGCUUAUCUGGAGCAGUCCUUGCAAGAGCUGGUACAAGAACAGCAACAACGACGACGACAACAAUGCUGAGGGUCGGGUGACUGCUCUGUGGGCAGGCAGUGGCCUAGGAUUUCGUGAAAUGGUCUCGUCGCUACGUCCAGAAGACUUUGUGAUACGCUACCAAAGCGCGAAUCGGUUUCGUUUCAUGGGGAUUGGGAGAGUAAAGCAAGAGUUUCAACCCGGAACUGAUUUGACUUGGUUUAUGGAUUAA